AUGUCCAAUCAAUUUGUCUUCAACUCGCCGCCAGGCCCUCAAUCACCCAGAGCUCCCGUAAAUUCCACGUCCCAGAACAACACCCGAACCCUCCCUUCCGUGGGCCCGCGUAUCCCCACCGUCGGCCCCCGUGCUCGCGACCUCCACUAUUCCAUCCGUGACUUCCUCUCCGUUCACCCACUCCUCGAGCUCGGCGGCCAAGAACAUUUUACCGUCGAGCGCCGACGCCAUCAAGAGGUGUUUGGACUUCAUGCCCUACCCAAAAACAAAAUCCAUCCGAUUGACCAUGUUGAGUUUACCGCCAUCCGAGGGCCCCACGGGACGAUCCCUAUCAGGGUGCUGUAUCCCAAAAGUGGGAAGGACAGUAAAAACAAGGGAAGAGCUGGGGCCUUGAUUUACUUCCAUGGAGGCGGGUAUACGGUGGGGAGUGUGGAUGAGUUCGAAAACGGACUUCGCUUGGUCGCCGAAGAGUCAGGUUGUCAGGUCUACGCUGUCGAGUACAGGCUGGCUCCGGAGUUCAAGUACCCCACACAACUGGACGAGUAUUCGGCGGUGAUUGACUGGGUUCAAGGAGAGGGAGGCAAGACGAGGGGAGUACAUCCUGAUAAAGUGCUGGGUGGAGGGGAUUCCGCGGGAGGAAACAUGACGGCGGCGAUUUGCUUGAGGAGGAUGGACGAGGGCCGCAAGCCACUGGCCGGACAGGUGUUGCUCUACCCGGAGGCCAGACUACCAUUUGAUACGCCGGCAGCAAUGGAGAACAACUCCAGUCUAUACCUGGAAUGCAACGGUAUAUUCAGCUUUGCGAGCAACUAUCUGCCGCGGUCUGAAGACAUCUCCCCUCAAGACCGUUACAUCUCCCCCGGUAUGCAAUCCGUUGAAGACCUCCGUGGCCAACCGCCCGCUGCCGUGUUCACCUCCGGCUACGAUCCUCUCCGAGACGUCGGCUGCGAAUAUGCAAACAAGCUGUCAAAAGCUGGAGUACAGACUCGUUGGCAUCACUAUGACAACCUUACACAUGGCUGGCUUCAGAUGACGGCGUGGUCGGAAGCUGCAGAGCAGGCUGUCAAGGAUGUUGGCCAGGAGGUCAAGAGGCUGGCUGUUGCUGAUACACCGACACCCAGAUUGUCCCAGACGUGGAACAGUGGUGAUAUCAAGUUUGCUGGCUCGAGAUGA